UUCCACUUGAAUGCCAGCGACAAUGGCCCACACUCAUGGCCAUCGUGAAGGCAGAGGCCAUGGCAUGAUUCACGAGCACUCGCACCUCAUACACAGCGAGAUUUUGUCCUACACGAGGCUGAAUGCCUCGUCGUCAUCAUCGGCAUUCACUUUUGCAUCGUCCUCCAAUGCAGCCUCUUCCUCCUCGUCUUCUUCAUCAUCCCAGCAUCAAUACGUACCUCUGGGCUCCCACUCGGCAUCUCUUACCGGCGCAGCGCUCGUCCAUGCUCGCCGCAAGUUGGCCUCCUUUGCACCAGCAGACGAUGGUGCUGCAGAGAGCGGGUUGCGAUCUGCUCAGUCGGCCCUCUUUGCGAGAUCCAAGGAUUCGCAGCAGCUCACAACCGCCGACGACAAUUCUGGGCCUCGACUAGAACCGACUGCACUCCUUCACGCCUUUACAGUACUGAGAGCGCAGCUCAGGGAGCAUCCCGACCUCGGCACCUUCCCUCUUCCCCUUCUCCUCGCGCCCUUUCUUCACGUCAUCCUCUCCCCAAGAGUGUCAGCUCCAUCGAUCAAUCGCCUCCUUGUCUACCAAGUUUCACCUCCUGGCCUCCGACUUGCACCUUCUGAGCCAUCAGUCGAUGAGCUUGUCCUCUUGCGUAUCUUGGCAGUCAUGAAGGAGCUCGUUUGCGGCACGAAGCAGGUCGACGACGAAGGCCAAGGGCUGACGCUGGCAGACUUUUUGCCAGACGAGAGCAUCUGCGAGAUGAUGGAGACGGCACUCAGCAUCGAUUUGCUACGCAAGACUGCUGAGCAGAAUCUGUUACCAAUGGUCAGGCAUCUCUGCUCUCGCCUGCCACUCAUCCCUCUAAGCGCGGACCAAGCCUACGAUGGCGAAGGAGAGCAUACACCAGAUCACUCUUCCCUAGCCGCCGACGAUGUCGAAUCGACCCUGCGACGGAUGACUAUGCCCGAUCCUCGAGGCUUGCAAGUCAACCCAGCCGACGUUGAUGUCGACGCUCAAGCGCAAGCCCUCAGCGAAGCCCCCGAAGCGCAAGAAGAGGAGACAGUAGUCGCUCCGGUGGUGGGGUCUGAGAUUGCUCCGUUCUCACUGCCAGCCAUCAAAGAAGUUCUGCGAGUCAUCAUCUCUCUCCUCGACCCGCAUGUAACCUCUCACACCGACUCGAUGCGACUCCUUGGCCUCAACCUCCUCACGGCUGCGUUCGAGACGUCCAGCGCGCACAUCGCCCGCUUCCCUUCGUUGCGAGCGCUCAUCCAAGACACAGCCUGCAAAUACCUCCUGCAACUAGCUCGGAGCGAGAGCUUCGCCAUCAGCAGCUACGCUAUCCGCUGCAUCUGCACCAUGUUCGAGGGGAUGAAGUCAGACCUCAAGCUUCAGUACGAGCUGCUGUUGACCUUCUUCAUCGAUCAGCCGUGGAACGAGAGCCGCGUGGCCACUGCGGUGCCCGGACGGGACAGCUCAGACAGCUCGCGCAGAGGUAGCUCUUCGGAUGGCACGGCACCUCCACCUGCCCCACCGCCGCCACCCAUGCCCCGCUCAAGCGACAAGGCACCUGCUCAAGGUGACGCGCUCGCUCUUCUCCUCGGCGUCUACAAGCCGAUGGGCGCCAUGAGCGACGACCCAUUGCUAGAGCUCUUCCUCAACUUUGACUGCGAUACGAUCGGGUUCCUCUGUCGAGCCGUCUUUGCAGCGCCGCCUGGGGCUCCGCCAGGUGCACCUCCUUCUCAGGAUGGUCUGCAAGUCUUCGCUCUCGACGUCGUCCUCGGCUUCGAGCAGCCGACGGUGACGCGCUGGCCCGAAGACUUUCCGCCGCAAGAAAGCCUCAAGGAGUCGCGCGGCCGCAAAGACGCUCUGCUUGAAGGCGCUCGGCGCUUUAACCAGAAGCCAAAGGACGGCCUCGCCUACUUUGAGCAGCAAGGCUUUAUCUCAAUGAAGGAUGGCUCACGCGACCACUCCAUCGCCAAGUUCCUCAUGGAUUGUCCCCGCCUCGACAAGAAGCUUCUUGGCGACUACCUCUCGCGCCCGGGCAACGAAGGCGUCCUUGAUUCGUUCCUGCGCCUGUUCGACUUCCAGGACAAACCUCUCUCCGAAGCCAUGCGCGAGAUGCUUGAGUCGUUCCGUCUUCCCGGCGAGUCGCAGCAAAUUGCUCGGAUCACAGAGACCUUCUCCAAGGUCUAUUUUGCCGUUGCGCCCCGCGAGGUCAUCAAGAGCGAGGACGCCAUCUACGUGCUGGCGUACUCGGUCAUCAUGCUCAAUACGGACCUGCACAAUGCUCAAAACAAGCGCAAGAUGAAGGUAGAGGACUAUCGCCGCAAUCUGCGCGGUGUCAAUGACGGCUCAGACUUUGAUCCCGAGUACCUGGGAAGCAUCUACGAAAAUAUCCGUAAGCGCGAGAUUGUCAUGCCUGAGGAGCAUGUUGGGCAGCUGGGCUUCGACUAUGCGUGGAAAGAGCUUCUGCGUAAAUCAAGAAACAGCACGCGACUCUCCUGCCCGCGUACGGCGGACUUUGACCGAGACAUGUUCGUCAGCAGCUGGAAGCCGCUUGUCGCCUGCAUUGCACACGCUUUCUCAACUUUCAGGGACGAGCACUUACUGGAGCGAGCUAUAGCCGGCUUCAGGCAGUGCGCCAUCCUAGCGAGCAAGUGGGGCAUGGACGAGGUGUUCGACUUCAUGAUUGAAGGGCUAGCCCGCAGCACCGGUCUACUGGAGCCGAGCGCAUCUGCACCUUUGGUCCCGCCCAACAAUGCCAGCAUCGAGGUCGACGGAUCCAAGGUGUCCGUCUCGCCGCUCAGUGUCCGCUUCGGCAUGGACUUCAAGGGUCAGCUGGCAGCCGUAGUCCUCUUCACCAUUGCGAAUGGAAACGGCGAGGCUAUGCGUGAUGGAUGGAUGCCCGUCUUCGAGAUCUUCAAAAACCUCUUUGCCGCCGGACUACUGGGUGAAGAUCUCGCACAGAUGCUCGACGUCACGGGCGAAGUAGACUUGGAUGGCAGCAAGACGCCGACGGCUACCCCGCGUGUCCCAAUUCCAUUCAAGCCAAAGAAGACGCCUGGCGUCCCGCAGCCCGAUCCACGAGCGCAGGGUGGUGGGCUCUUCAGCACCCUCAGCUCAUAUCUGUUGUCGCCCUACUCGAAUGCGGCCGAUCCAGUGGCGCCUGAGGUCACGCCUGACGACGUGGAAUCGUCUCUGUGCACCGCAGACUGUGUGGCCUCGUGCCGCCUCGACGAACUCUACGCGCAGCUUCUCAACCUCAAGUCGCGGGGGAGUGUGCUUUCUGCUGUGCGAGCGCUGCGUCAACUCGCCGAUCGCCUCACCCUCGGCCAGUUGGCAGCUGCUGCCGCAAAUCAGCAACAGGAAGGGGUGCGACCAGGCACACCCAACCAGCAGCAGGGAGCCCCCGCUGCCAAUUCGCGAGGCGUGCACCAGCUUCCCUACGAUCCGCGCAUCGUCUUUGUCCUCGAACUCCUCACCAACAUUACCUGCUCGGCACCCUCUGCCUUCAUUAGUGAGGCAUCCACCGAAGCGAUUGCGCAUCUCUCCAGCCUGCUGCAGAGCCCCAAGAACUUCCAUCCCGCUCUACUAGAGCGCGCCGUCGUCUGCCUGCUCCGACUCGUCGACGUGGCUUCUGGCGCCGACCCUGCCUCAGCCUCCGCGGCGAUUGAGCUCCUCCGCUCCCUCCCGUCGGACGUGCGCCCAGCGCUGAGCCCCUCGAUCAUUGGCGGACUGCGGCACAUCCUCUCUAAACCCCGCGAUCGCCCCCUGACGGCGCAGUGGGAUCCUCUCCUCUCCCUCGUCACCGAUUCGAUCACCACCCGCACUUCCAAGUCCAUCGAUCUGGCCUACUCCCUGAUUUCUACCGUGUCCACGCUCCAUCUCUCAAGUAACAAUUUCGUCAGCACGAUCCAGCUGCUGCGCGAUGUCGCUCAAGCGGCGGACCCCGAGCCGAUGCUACGGGACGUUCACAAGCGCGAGAAGCAGGGGUAUCGUCUCACGCUCACGGAGAAGAAGGAGCUCACAGAGUACGUGGAAACAUGUCGCGCAAGAGGGCCUAUGGCCAUUGCGCGUCUCGAGGCAGCCAAGGGCAGUGCGGCUGCUAUUGUGGCUCACAAUGAGAAGGCGUGGUCGCAGUGCUGGUUGACUCUCACAUCGGCGCUGGUUUCGCAGUGCAUCAAUGCGCACAAGGGCACACGGCAGGCUGCCCUUACAAGCUUGCAGAGAGUCCUCUUCUCAUCGGAACUGAACCCUUCCACCUCCCCACCAAGGUGGCCUCUUCUCUCGCGAGCAAGACCCUUCAGCCCCCGGCGGUCUCUACGAGACACGCGUGCGCAGCUGUGGCUUGCUUUGGUCGCUCAACGAGCGCUUGCCGGCAGCCGAGCUGCAGGACCUUUGGUUGCAGGUGCUCGACCUUAUGGAGAGGUUCUAUCGCGGGUCGACGGGAACUGGUCAGGGCAAGGGCGGAGGAGAAGGAGCGGGAGGAAUGGCAGAAGCCGUCCCCGAGAACGUCAAGAACGUUCUCUUGGUGCUGAACGCCUCGGGGUUGAAGGACGAGAUCUUCCCUGCGCCGACGGCGGCGGUGGAGAAGAGCGAGGAGAGCAUUCAAGUGAACGGUGCAGAGGAAGUACAGGAGUCAAAGGCAGAAGUUGGUCAGCCAGCUGCAGACGAGGUAGUGUCAUCGGAGAGGAUAGCCUGACCCUACGCGUGCGGUGAGCGAGAAUAAUUGCAUGAAAGCUCCACUUGCAUGGCACUCGUGCGACGAGAGUGAGGUGGCAUUGUUUACGCGGUGACAGACAUGGCGAGCUCUCGAAUGACUGCAGCGCUGCGAGAAGCGGGGGCUGCUUGAGUGGAAAAGAGUGGCUUGGCGGCAAAUGUCAACACAACGAAAUCACCUCGUUUGCAUCGCAAUCGGCGCUUCAUGACAGUGAGGGAGCGCUGCGCUGGCAUCGACGAAACUCU